AUGCAGGAGGUGGCGGACGCCAUGUCGCGGGUGGCGGACACGGUGGCCGGGACGCUGGCAAAGAACCUCGGGCACGCCGGGUCGGCGUUCCCGGCAGCCGCUGGGUGCGACGGGACGACAUGCUUCCUGCGGCUGAACAGGUACCCGUUGUGCCCGUUCGCGGACACGUUGGGCAUGGUGCCACACACGGACAGCGACUUCCUCACCAUCGUCUGCCAGGACCAGGUUGGGGGCCUGGAGAUCAUGAACGACUCCCACUGGGUCGCCGUGAAACCCCACCCCGACGCGCUCGUUGUCAACGUUGGUGAUUUGUUCCAGGCAUGGAGCAACAACAGGUACAAGAGCGUGGAGCACAAGGUGGUGGCCAACUCCAAGGCGGAGCGCUUCUCCGUCGCCUACUUCCUGUGCCCGUCGCAUGACUCGCUCAUCGGCACAUACGGCAAGCCGUCGCCGUACAGGCCGUUUACCUUUGGAGAGUACAGGAGGAAGGUGCAGGAUGAUGUCAGGCAAACGGGGAAAAAGAUUGGGCUCCCCAACUUUCUCAAAUGUUCUACGAUAAGUUGA